AUACCUUGGGCCAGGAGACAUGGACAGCAGCAGCUUCAUCCAGUUCGACGUUCCCGAGUACAGCAGCAGCGUCCUGAGCCAGCUGAACGAACUCCGCCUGCAGGGCAAGCUUUGUGACAUCGUCGUGCACAUCCAGGGCCAGCCCUUCCGAGCUCACAAAGCCGUCCUUGCCGCCAGCUCUCCCUACUUCCGCGACCAUUCGGCGUUGAACACCAUGAGCGGCUUGUCAAUCUCCGUCAUUAAAAACCCCGCCGUCUUCGAGCAGCUGCUUUCUUUUUGCUACACUGGAAGGAUGUCUCUGCAGCUGAAGGAUGUGGUCAGCUUCCUCACUGCAGCCAGCUUCCUCCAGAUGCAAUGCGUCAUCGACAAGUGCACCCAGAUCCUGGAAAGCAUCCAUUCAAAAAUCAGCGUCGGGGAAGUCGACUCGGUGACAAUCGGCGGCGAAGACCCCCUGGAGAACCACAAUGGCCUGAAGGAGAGCGGCUACUUCGCCAACCCCAUUGAGAUUUCCCCUCCUCCCUACUGCGUUCAGGGCCGCCCGCCGACUUCAGGGAACGAUCUCCGAAUGGAAACGACGCCGACCAACGCGCUCCGCGGCCGCUUGCAAGAAGAAGGCCACUCGGACCGGGGUAGCAGCGGUAGCGUUUCGGAGUACGAGAUUCAAGUCGAAGGAGACCCCGAGCAAGCGGAGCUGAUCAUUCGAGAGAGCCAGGCUGCCGAGGUGAAAGUCAAAAUGGAAAAAAAUGACCGGCCCAGCUGCUCAGAUAGCUCCUCGCUUGGUGAUGACGGAUACCACACGGAAAUGGUGGACGGAGAACAAGUGGUGGCCGUUAAUGUCGGAUCCUACGGCUCUGUCUUGCAAAACGCUUUUUCCUAUUCCCAGGGAGCCUCGCAGUCGGCUAAUGUCUCCGAAUCCUUCAGCAGCCUGAGGAGCUCCGGCAGUUCGAGGUCCAUGCUCGGCUCCUACCGAGGCCGUGGGCGCCAAAAGCGGGUCUCUGCCAGCCACUUGCACAGCGACGUUUCCAGCCUGGUGUCGGGAGCCGACAGUGAGCCAUCCGCCCAUCCAGCAGGCUACGAGAGCAGCCCGCGGGAGAGGAAUUCCAGAGGCCACUGGUAUGCCUACAGCGAACGGCUGAUCUGCAUCUACUGCGGCAAGUCCUUCAACCAGAAGGGCAGCCUCGAUCGGCACAUGAGGCUGCACAUGGGCAUCACGCCCUUUGUGUGCAAGUACUGCGGGAAGAAGUACACCCGCAAGGAUCAGCUCGAGUAUCACAUCCGCGGCCACACCGACGACAAGCCGUUCCGCUGUGAAGUCUGCGGGAAGUGUUUCCCUUUCCAAGGGACCUUGAACCAGCAUUUACGGAAGAAUCAUCCCGGUGUGGCCGAAAUCCGAAGCCGGGUGGAAUCGCCCGAAAGAACAGAAGUCUAUAUGGAACAGAGGGACGACGAUGCUUCCGCUCCCGAGACUCUGGAUUAUACCAUGGAUGUGCACACCCCCGAUUAAAAACAGCCGAGGCUGUUCCUCUCGCCACGCAGCUGGAGCAAAGCACACGUUCCUUCUUCCUUUCUU